AUGGGGCAAGUUGUAAUUCCUCUAUCUCUUUAUCGGUCUCCGGAAUCAGUCUCAGAGAGUGAAGCUAUCCCAGGUACGGAUUCUGUUCUUGGUAAUGGGCCAAUUAUUAGUUGGACUGAUGAGUGUGAUGGUGCGGUGGAUGUUGUUUCUGCUGGUAUGGUUUCAGAGUGUGAGUUUUGGGAAUCUGAUGAUAGUAUUUUGUCUUCUAAACGUAAUGUUAUUCAUAGUUUCCAUGAGCAAGCUGUUUUUGAAAGGAGUCUUAAUGUCUAUUUCCUUGCUCUCAUUCCUAAGAAACCUGAUGCUAUGGAAGUGAAGGAUUUUUGCCCUAUUAAUUUGAUGGGAGGGAUGGUGGCACAUAGUCUUAUUUCAGAUUCACAGAAUGCCUUUGUUAAAGGUAGACAGAUCUUGGAUUCUGUGUUAAUUGCUUCUGAAUGUAUAGACAGUAGGAUGAAGUCAGGAGUGUCAGGGUUUAUUUGCAAGUUGGAUAUUGAGAAAGCUUAUGAUCAUGCUUUGAGUCGUAUGUUGGAUGCAAUUGCUAUUUUGGGACAGUUUUCGGGCUUCUCCGUAGAUGAUACUCUCACUUUUUGUGAUGUUGACUCACACCAUUUAGUUUCUUUGCGUAGGAUUCUUGCUAGAUUUGAAGUGGUGUCAAGGCUAAAAAUUAAUUUUUUGAAGUCAGAAUUGGUACCAAUUGGUAUUGUGCCUAAUAUGGAGGAAUUAGUGGAGAUUUUGGGUUGUAGGCAGCCUUCACUUCCGUUGAAAUACUUGGGCCUUCCGUUGGGUGCUACACAUAAAUAUGAGACAAUUUGGAACCCUGUUUUGGAGAAGAUGGAGCGACGUCUAAAUGGAGGUUUAGGGAUUCAAAGGUUGAGACAAUUUAAUUAUGCUUUGUUAGAUAAAUGGUUAUGGAGAUAUAGAACAGAGAGAAAUGCCCUUUGGAGGAAGGUUAUUGAGGCAAAAUAUGGGGAUGGAAGGGGUGGUUGGUGCACCAAACCAGUGACAGGUACUUAUGGUGUUAGUGUGUGGAAAUCUAUUAGAAGUGGUUGGAUGGACUUUUCUAAAUUCCUUCAAUUUGAUGUGGGUGAUGGAACUAGAGUCAAGUUUUGGGAGGAUGAAUGGUAUAGGGAUUGUGCUCUUAAGGUUGCAUUUCCAGAACUGUAUAGUAUUAGUCGGACUAAGGAGUCCUUAGUGUCAGAGGUUAUGCGGUUCCUUGAAGGGCAGCUACAUUGGGACUUCUAG